AUGUCUUACAAGGUCACUGAUGGUGUUGCUACUUCUUCAGCUUGUUCAUUGACAGUUGCUGUUUCAUCGACUAGUCCAUCUGAUUAUUCCAAGUCCGUGACUGUUCAUUGGAAUUCAGCCAAUAACGAAAUUGAUGUCUUUUCUGCCAUUCCAACUUCAACCUUCUCAGAAAUUUAUCCAGGAUAUUCUGCAGUCUCAAUUUCCUAUAACUCUGGUAAUAAGAUGAUUUACUACACACCAAAGAAGGCUGUUGGUUUUGAUCAAUUCAUUGUUGGUGUUAAGGAUCAACUCAACAAUCCUAAAAAUGUCACUGUUUCUGUCACCAUUUACAACAAUGCUCCAAGCGCUUCAGUUCCACAAGCUUCAGUUGUUUGGAGCUCAACUGGUAUUGAUAUUGAUUUACUUGUUGCAUAUUCUGAUGCUGACAUGACUGCUGGUUUUGAAACAUUGGGAACAAUUACCAACAUUGAUUCCACUGGUUGUUCAGGAAGUGUUUCUCUAAAGGCUGAUAACAGAAAUGCCAGAUUUGUUCCACAAGGAACUUUCACUGGAUUGACUCAAUUCAAAGCAACUGCCACUGAUGGUGUUGCCACAACUACUUUCACUGUUGCAGUUCUUGUGACCAAUCAAGCUCCAGUCACUCAAGCUAAAACUGUCAGUAUUACUUGGUCUCAACACAAGGCAGGUUAUAGCAUCAAUGUCUUGAACUUUGGUGGUAAGGUCGAUAGUGAUCCAGAUGGAAAUGCUUUAACUGCUUCUCUCACUAGUGGAGUUUCUCCAUCUACUGCUGGUUCAGUUGCUCUUUCUGCAUCACCAAAUGCUGUGGUCACUGCUUCAAGUGUUUAUUUGGGAUCUUUCUCAUUCUCUUAUGCUGCUUCUGACACUGUUACUUCCACACCAGGAAGUGUGACUGUGACUGUCACUAAUACUUUACCAUCACCAACUCCUGUCAAUACCAAUGUUCACUGGAGAUCUAAGAAUAUUGCUCUGGAUCCAGUGGUCACUUAUGCUCCAACUCGAAAGGAUUCUGAUGGAGAUUCAUUGACUAUUACUGCUGCUUCUGCUUCAAAGGGUACUGCUGUUGCUAAUACCAAUACCAUCACUUAUACUGCUCCUGCUGUUCUUGGUUUGGACGUUGUUUCUUAUACUCUCACUGAUGGUGCUCAAUCCGUGUCAAAUGCCAACACUGUUGUCAAUGUCAAUGUGUUCAAUACCAAUCCAACUGCUGCUGCAUUGACAGCAUCUGGAAAAUGGAAGGAUGUCAUCACCAAGGAUUUGACCACUGGUGCAUGUACUGACAGUGACUCUUUGGAUUCUUCCUUUGUUAAAUUCAGUGGUGCAGUUUCUAAUGCUGUAGGUGGUACAACUUCUGUUUCUGGAAAUGUUGUGUCAUUCACUCCAAAUAUUGCUGCUUCUUCAUAUGUCUUAUCUGGAAAUGUUUACACUGGAAGUGGUACCUAUCAAUACACUUGUACUGAUGGUAUGGGUACUUCACAAGGAUCAGUAGCAGUUACUGUUACCAAUAAUGCUCCAACUGGAACUGGAAACUCAAUCGUCAUUGCAAGAGAUUAUACCAAGACUACUUAUGAUUUCACAUGGGCUCAAAUGGGUACAUUCUCUGAUGCUGACUCUGACACCAUCUCUGUGAUUAAGGUUGCUACUACUUCUGACGUUACUGUGACCACGACUGGAUCUGGUAUCCGAUUGACCACUUCACAAACCGUCGUUGGUGCAAAGGCCAUUACUUUCAAAUUGUUCGAUGGUCUCCAUGAAAGUGUCAAUACCUUGACAUUUACUGUUACUUUCACCAAUGCUGCUCCAACUUGUGUGGCUACAACCUUCAAUGUCAAUAAGGGACAAAGUGUUGACUUGUUACCAACACUCAAACUCCAAACAUCUGAUGCCAAUAAUGACUUGCUCUCCAUUUCCUUAUCUGGAACUGUUUCAUCUACUUUGGGUACGUUGAGUGGAACUACUUUCACUGCUUCUUCCACAAAGAGCGGAACGAGCACUGCUCUCUCAUUCACAGUUUCUGAUUCUCAACUCGGCAAUUCAUGUGGAAUUACUCUCAAUGUCAUUAACACUGCUCCAGUGGCUCAAAAUGAUGUAUUUGCUGUAGCUGUCACCUCUCAAUUGACUUACACCUACUCGUAUACCAAGUUCUCUGAUGCUGACACUGCAGAUACACUCACUGUCAGCAAGGUUUCUGAUACUUGUAGUUCCAUUGCUACUUCAGUGACCAUUUCUACCUCUGGUUUGAUUACAUUCACUAGACAAAGCUCUGUCACUACAGGAUCCUGUGUUUUGAACGUCAAAGUUACUGAUAGCGAUAAUAAUCCACUCUCAGCAACUGCUGCUAUCACUAUUGGUCUUUCAUCUCAAACACCAGUAGCAAGAAAUGACAGAUUCUCCAUCAAUCAAGGACAAACCAUCAGAAUCUUUGUUUCACAAAUUUUAGCAAACGAUACUGAUGAAUUUGGUUCCAGCAGUAGUCUCACCUUUGUUGGAUUCAGUUGUCCAGAUUCUACCUACUGUCACAGAACUCCAAGACAAAUUACUGUGAAUGGUGAAGUUGCCAUUGAGGUUGACAGCGAUUCUGCCACCUGUCAAGCUGACAAGUUCAGAUAUACCAUGCAAACAUCGUUUGGCACCCAAAAGAGUGCAGAUGUUUUCAUUGAAUUCAAGAAUUGUUAUUGUACUGCCAAGAUUGACUUUGUUUUCCUAGUCGAUGCUUCUGGUUCCAUUGGUAGUGACAACUUUAACAGCAUGAGAACAUUCUUGAAGGGAAUUACAGGUCGAUUCAAACUUGGUACUGAUGCCAUUCAAGUUGGUAUUGUGAAAUUCCAUGAUGACAAUACGAUUGCAUUGGGCUUAUCCACCGAUGGUGUUGCUAUUAACAAUACUUUAACAAAUAUGGCCUAUGACGCUGGAAGUACUGCCCAAAUUUCUGGAUUGAGAGGAGCCAUGCAAGUAUUAAGACAAGGAAGAACAGAUGCUGCCAAGGUCAUUUAUAUUUUAACAGACGGUAUGGCCAAUGUUCCAUGUAGUUGUGGAGAAUGUGUUUCUGAGUGGUCCAGUGCUCCAACUGUCUAUCAAUACAGUGUUGACACAUUAAUUACCAAUUCAGGAAUGGGUUCCAGUGCCAAGAGAACUGCAUAUAGAAAUUUGUGUAAAUAUCAAUUCAGUGACACUGCAUGGUCUUUCUCUGGAAAGGAUUGUAACUUCUGCAGUUGGUGGGAUAGUAAUUCGUAUUGUUUGCCUUGCUCUGAUGCUGUUCCUAUUGCUCAAAAGAUUAAUUCUUGGAAGAAGGAUUCCAAUGGAAACAUGCCCAAUGAUCCAGACAAUCCAUUCAAUGGAAAUUCAAACGUUCAAUGGAAGAUUGUUGCGAUGGCUGUAGGACCUGCCAUGUCAUUGCCUGUAGGAGCUCGUCAAAUUCAAGGAAUGAACUACGACCCAUCUCGUGCCAUGACUGUUUCUUGGGAUGAUUUGCAAUCCACAUUGUCAGAAAUUGUCGAUCAAUCCUGUAACCUUGUUUCCGUUCAAGUAGGUCAAUAA